GGCAAGCUCUUUUAGUCGCGGACAAGCCGCCAUGCGAGGAUAACAUCGGAUGUGUAAUAUCGUGAUAGAAGUUCGUUCAACGUUACAACACGUCAAUCACUAACAUACAGAUUAUCUAAUUCAGUGGUACAGGAAGGAAUAAAAAAAAGAGUUGAUCAAACGUUCAAAAAUUGCACGAAGCAAAUGAAGCAGUGGAGACAAGACAGGCAGAUUAACAGGCGAUUAAUGCGCUCUAUGACGCCUGUUUAAUGGCCCAUGGUCGAAUCGUGUGAUACACGCGAACGAGUGCACGAUUUCCCUCAGAGCUUGAAUUAAAUGGAUAGACAGGAAGAAUCCAUUUGUACGUCCAUUUGUAUCAAUUGCUUGUGCCAACGUUCAAGCGACGGAAACAAGAGCUCCAGGGAAAAAAAUAUCGAGAAGUGUUUGAUACUUAGUGACGUGUUCUUUUCUUUUCUUUCUUAAGUGUUUUCAUCAAUAUUUGAGAAUUUCAUAAAGUGAUUGUCGAUUUUUCGCGUAUACUUGGAACGAGUGAUCCGGUUUCUCGUAAUUCUCAGUUCGAGAAAAACGUGAGCCAGAGUCGGUCAAUCUUUCCGGAAGCUUUUCCAACGAAGGAAAAGGAACGAAACAACUGUAUCGAAUUACGAACAGAAAGAACUCUCAUCGAAGAAUAUAGUAGUGAAAGCAUGUGGUUUUCGCGCGUAAAAGAAUUUAAUCCUCAAGAGACCAAUUUCCCGCGAUAUUAAAACACCAGGGGAUCGAAAUUACAGCCAGUGCUAAGGUAAAACCUUACAAAUGGAUUCGACGAAUCGAUAAUGCACGAUUGUAAAUCCUGGUUCGGAGCAAACCACGUGUCUGAUGAAUAAUACAAUUCCUUCAGUUGCAUUCAAUUCUCGUCUUUUUGGUCACCAAGGGAAAAGUACCGAAUAGAAUCGUAAAAUCCUUAUCGAUUGACACUAUUACGCAUCUUCGCAUCACGACAUCGUGAACGAUAAGGAAAUAGUGAUCGCGACGUUUCUGUUCACGCGAAGAGUGAAUCUUACAUGAAUGUAAUACAGUGUGAUCAUUAUUAAGUGAUUAAUAAAUUGAGCGAGAAGCAAUUGUGAUUAGUUAUGAUUUUAGGCAGUGAUUUGUAUACGAAAAAAAAAAAUAAGUUAGGAAAACAGCAUGAAAGUGAUGUGGGUGUAUUUAUAUUCUGAUUUCGUAUUUUAUCAUUUUUGUGAAUAACUGAAAAAGUGUGUCUGCGACGUUUCAUCGAGACCCUUCUUUCCGAGAGAAGAAGGAUAAACGUACGAAACGGAAGGAAAGAAAGUAACAGUAUGAAGAACCGUCGUGGAAAAUGGCUCUACGCUGUAUUCGCAUUGAUCACGUUCCUUCCUCAGCAGAUCGAAUGCACAGCGAAGAGCGGAGGAUCGGUAGUAGAGCAUCAUCCAUCUUCUUACUGGGAGCAACCCUUUAGUCAGCCUUAUUUCGACAAUACGACAAAAAGGGAAACCACGACGACCGUCGGCCAAACCGCUUUUCUUCACUGCAGAGUGCGCAAUCUUGGUGAUCGUGCUGUUUCAUGGAUCAGGAAACGAGACUUGCAUAUUCUUACCGUAGGAAUCUUAACGUAUACAAAUGAUCAACGUUUCCAAUCAUUACACCGAGAUGGGUCUGACGAAUGGACUUUAAGGAUUAGUUCACCACAAGUUCGAGAUAGCGGAACAUACGAAUGUCAAGUCUCAACUGAAUCGAAAAUCAGUCAGGCUUUUAACUUGAGUGUCGUAGUGUCAAAGGCGAAGAUCAAUGGUAACUCAGAACUAUACAUCAAGAGUGGAAGCGAUAUCAAUCUGACCUGUAUAGUAUUGCAGACUCCUGAACCACCGUCCUUCAUUUAUUGGUAUAAAGAUGAUCACGUGAUAAAUUACAGUCAAAGAGGAGGUAUCAAUGUAGUAACUGAAAAACAAACACGAACGUCGCGUCUCUUGAUAUCCAGGGCGUUACCUGCUGAUUCUGGAAAUUAUACAUGUGCUCCGUCUACAGCCGAGUCAGCCAGUGUUCUAGUCCACGUACUCAAUGGAGAACAUCCAGCAGCCAUGCAACACGGAAACUCGAGUAAUAGCGGUGCGGCAACGAGAACGCUCGCUUUGCUCCUGUUGCUUCUGCACGCCGGUUCAUUUGCAAGGUGACUGGUCGAUCACGGACUCUUUCAGUAAGAACAAGGAAGAUCGGAUAUAAAUGAGUCAGCCAAAAUCUCGAGAAAAGGACUCGACAACAUGUAAAUGGGUGUUUAGUAUGAUACAGUUAGACUCGACGCGAUCCACGGAACACUUAGCGUCAGCGAUAAUCAAGGAUUUGCGCGCCGCUCGUUAUCGUAAUUAACGAGUACACCGAGUUUCUGCCAAGUUGGAUGACUGCCACGUUUCUUCGAUAACGUUCCUUGUUGUUCAUGUGUUGUGAAACGAAAUGAAACGCUCAUUCUUCAAAUUAUUUAAAAACUAUACACAUUUUAGUUUAAGGAGCGCGACAAACAAAAUAGCAAUACAGAGAGUUCUGUGUUCGACGAACAUAUCCAAAAAAAAA